GAGAAUCAAUCUCGAACAAUGCCUACCUUCAUGAAAUCCUUGAAAUUCUGGAGUUUGGAAUCCUUGAAGCUGUUAAAUGAUUAAAUUUGCUUGGGAAAAGAGAUUUGAAGAAGGCAACCAAUCCGGGAUGAAUAUUUAAGAGGACUCAGUAAUGACGCUCUUAAACCACCUUCAUUAGCAAUCUCGAGCUAACUAUCUUUCUGAGACUAAACUGCUUGGCCACCAUGAUGGCCUUGACAAGCUCACCUGUAAACAUGCUUGGUUGCUUAAUUAUAUUGUUGCUUCUUCCUUAUCCUUCUUUGUCAGCCGACCCCGAUCCGUUGCAGAACUUCUGUGUUGCUGAUUUAAAUGCUACUGUAUCCCUUAAUGGCUUCCCUUGCAAGCCAGUUUCUGAAGUUACUGCAGAUGAUUUCUUCUUUGAUGGACUGAGCAAAGAGGGCAACACGGAUAAUCCUUUUGGCUUUGGGGUCACACAAGGAAAUGUUCUUUCAUUUCCAGGACUCAAUACUCUUGGGCUAUCCAUGAACCGUGUCGACCUAGCUCGGGGAGGAAUAAACGCACCUCAUUCGCAUCCUCGUGCCUCUGAAAGCGUUGUCGUUAUUAAAGGGGAGGUCCUUGUUGGGUUUGUGUCUACAAGUAAUGUGUAUUAUUACAAGGUUUUGACUGAAGGGGAGAUGUUUAUCAUUCCCAGAGGACUGGUUCAUUUCCAGUAUAAUGUUGGACAUAGCAAAGCAAUUCUGCUCACAGCUUUCAAUAGUCAGUUGCCGGGGGCUGUGAUCGUCUCUCAAACUUUGUUCGCUUCAAAUCCUCCAGUCCCUGUCGAAAUUCUGACCAAGACCUUCCAAGUCGAUGAUGGUGUUAUCAACAGCAUAAAGUCCAAGUUUGCUUAGUUCUGUCCUCAGUUUGUCCAUUUUAUUGAAUAUUGAAACCUUUCUGUCCCUGGUUAUGUCCAUGCACAAUAAUCUCAUUCAUAGUCCUGAAUGUGAAUUAAUUUACCGUUUAGAAGGCAGUCAUGCGUUAAUAUUUAUAUGAUUCAUUUGUUC